UGCCACAAGGACGCCAGCCGGCGGCGGCGCUAGCACCUCGAAGCCGGCGCCGGAGCCAGCGCGGCGCAGCACAGCGCCCUAGCGGACUGGGGCCGGGGAGGCAGACGGCCGCGGCCAGGCCACCCCGGGUCCCGUCCUUGCGUCCCGCCAGGCCAGCUUCUCGCUGUUCCUCUAAACUCCUGAAGCUUGGAGAAAGUGAAGUCUAAAAAUCAGUCCUUCUCUAUUUGAAUGACAGACCUUGUGGAGGACUUGUGCGGUGGAGUUUUUCCCAACCCAGGUUAAGUGCAAAAAAGCCUUAACCAAGUUAUAAUCUAGGCAGCAGGCUCCCUGAAGUGUUGACUGCCCAAUUUAAUCAUGAACAUGAUUCAAAAAUGUUAAUAAAUAAACCAAGGUGCUAGGAGGAAGCAACAUUAGCCUUUUUGAUAUGGGAGGCAAAUUCUGUGGGCCCUGGAGUUAGGCUCCAACAAUUGAAGAGGUCAAAGGACAGCUGAGUGAGACCAUGGGGAAUUCAUAUGCUGGGCAACUGAAAUCUGCUCGAUUUGAGGAAGCUCUCCACAACUCCAUAGAAGCCUCUCUCAGAUGUAGUAGUGUGGUACCACGGCCAAUUUUUUCCCAACUCUACUUGGACCCUGACCAGCAUCCUUUUUCAUCUGCAGAUGUCAAACCCAAGGUGGAGGAUCUGGAUAAAGAUUUGGUACACCGCUACACACAAAAUGGCAGCUUGGAUUUUUCUAACAAUCUAACAGUUAAUGAAAUGGAAGAAGAUGAUGAUGAAGAAGAAAUGUCCGAUUCCAACAGCCCACCCAUCCCCUAUUCACAAAAGCCUGCCCCAGAAGGAUCUUGCACUACAGAUGGUUUUUGUCAAGCAGGAAAGGACUUGCGUUUGGUAUCGCUCUGUACGGAACAGAUCGACGUUCCAGCAGGGUUCCUUCUGGUGGGAGCCAAGUCUCCCAAUCUUCCUGAGCACACCCUGGUCUGUGCCGUAGACAAGCGCUUUCUCCCGGAUGAUCAUGGGAAAAAUGCACUUUUAGGGUUUUCUGGAAACUGUAUCGGCUGUGGAGAAAGAGGAUUUCGGUAUUUCACGGAAUUUUCCAACCACAUUAACUUGAAGCUCACCACCCAGCCAAAGAAGCAGAAGCACUUAAAGUACUACCUAGUCAGAACCUCCCAGGGUGUGCUGUCCAAGGGCCCACUUAUCUGCUGGAAAGAAUGUAGAAGCCGACAAUCCUCUACGACUUGCCACUCUAUUAAACCAAACUCUUCAGCAUCAGCUGUGACCCCAGAAACUGGGACAACUAAUGGAUACAAAGCAGGAUUCACUCAGACAGAUUCACCGGUUCUCAGUCCAGCUAAUUCUGCAAUCAAUUUAAGUGGCGCUCAGGACCUGACCUGGAAUAAGAAUAUUGUGAAACCACUGGCUUUAUCUUUGCAGACUGUAGGGAAGACUUUUGCCACAGAUGCUGCAAACGGGAACAGCAACCUCGGAGGGAAGACGGCCGCGUCCAGCUUCACCCCAGCCCGCCCAGGGAGCUACUCCUUGUCACCACGACCUAGUUAUGCAUCUGUAGACCAAGCUACCAUCUUCACUUCCGGGCCACCAAAGAAACGACACCGGGGAUGGUAUCCUGGGUCACCUGUCCCCCAACCUGGUUUAGUUGUACCUGUUCCUACAAUUCGUCCCCUUUCAAGAACCGAGCCCCUUUUAUCUGCCCCAGUUCCACAGACCCCAUUAACUGGAAUUUUACAACCUCGGCCCAUUCCUGCAGGGGAAACUGUAAUGGUUCCUGAAAACCUGCUGAGUAACUCAGGAGUUAGACCAGUAAUUCUGAUAGGCUAUGGCACUUUACCCUAUUUCUAUGGAAAUGUUGGUGACAUUGUGGUGAGUCCUCUGCUGGUGAAUUGCUACAAGAUUCCACAGUUGGAAAACAAAGAUUUGGAACAAUUAGGGUUGACUGGCAGCCAACUCCUGAGUGUAGAAAACAUGAUCCUUCUGACGAUACAGUAUCUUGUGCGGCUUGGUCCUGAUCAGAUACCUCUCAGGGAAGAAUUUGAGCAGAUUAUGCUGAAAGCUAUGCAGGAAUUUACUCUGAGAGAGCGAGCCCUACAGGUGGGCGCCUCCUGUGUCCCAGUGUCACCGGGACAGCUCCCCUGGCUUGCUAGAUUAAUCGCCAGCGUGUCCCAAGACUUGGUUCAUGUGAUUGUGACCCAAAACUCUUUGGCCGAGGGCAUUUCAGAGACUUUGCGGAUUCUCAGUGAAAUGAGACACUACCAAAGGCUUCCAGAUUAUGUUGUAGCAAUUUGUGCUUCAAAAAUCAGAGGAAAUGAAUUUUGUGUGGUGGUAUUGGGUCAGCAUCAAUCUCGGGCUCUGGCAGAGAGCAUGCUCACCACAAGUGAGUUUUUGAAGGAAAUUAGUUAUGAGCUCAUCACAGGAAAGGUCAGUUUCCUGGCAUCACAUUUCAAAACCACAUCAUUAGGUGAUGACCUGGACAGGCUGUUAGAAAAAAUGCAGCAAAGAAGAGGAGAUAGUGUGGUCACCCCUUUCAACGGAGACCUCAAUGAAUGUGUGUCGCCACAGGAGGCUGCUGCUAUGGUUCCCACACAAAACCUGGAUUUAGAUAAUGAAACCUUCCAAAUUUAUCAACCGCAGCUUACAGUUGCCAGAAAACUCUUAUCCCAGGUAUGUGCCAUUGCGGACAGUGGCACCCAGAGCCUGGACCUCGGCCACUUCAGCAAAGUGGACUUCAUCAUCAUUGUCCCGAGAUCGGAGAUUCUGGUCCAGCAGACUCUGCAGCGGGUUCGACAAUCAGGUGUCCUUGUCGACUUGGGUCUGGAAGAGACAGGGACGGCUCACCAGAGAGCAGAGAAGUAUGUGGUUCGCCUGGACAGUGAGAUCCAGAGCAAGUUCGAAGUCUUCAUGAGGAGAGUGAAACAGAACCCGUACACCCUGUUUGUGCUCAUCCACGACAACUCCCACGUGGAGCUGACGAGCGUCAUCUCAGGGUCCCUGUCCCACGGGGAGGCCAGCCACGGCCUGGCUGACCGAGUCAUUAACUGCAGAGAAGUCCUGGAAGCCUUCAACCUCCUGGUGCUGCAGGUCAGCUCCUUCCCGUACACCCUGCAGACCCAGCAGUCCCGGAUCAGCGCCAGCAACGAGGUGCACUGGACCCAGCUGGACGGCGCGGAGGACGUGGGCUGCGAGGAGAAGCUGUACUUCGGCCUGAAUGAGUACAGCAAGUCCCUGCAGUGGGGUGUCACCAGCCCACUCCUGCGGUGCGACGAGACCUUUGAGAAGAUGGUGAACACGCUCUUAGAGAGGUACCCCCGGCUGCACAGCAUGGUGGUGCGCUGCUACCUGCUCAUCCGGCAGUACUCCCAGGCGCUGAUGGCACUCACCACCGAGGCGUCGCUCCGGGACCACAGCACGCCCGAGACACUGAGCAUCGUGGAUGACCUCCUCGGCUGCCCCGGGAAGGGCGCCAGUGGCCGUGGGCACAUGCUCAUGAUCAGGGUGCCCUCGCUGCAGCUGGCCAUGCUGGCCAAGGAGCGGCUGCAGGAGGUGCGCGACAAGCUGGGCCUGCAGUAUCGCUUCGAGAUCAUCCUGGGGAACCCGGCCUCGGAGCUCAGUGUCGCCACGCACUUCGUUGCGCGAUUAAAGACUUGGCGAGGAAACGAACCGGAGGAGUGGACGCCGCGGACGUACCAGGACCUAGACGGGCUGCCCUGUAUCGUGAUCCUGACCGGCAAGGACCCUCUGGGGGAGACCUUCCCCAGGUCUCUUAAGUACUGUGACCUCCGCUUAAUCGACUCGAGCUACCUGACCCGCACGGCCCUGGAGCAGGAGGUGGGCCUGGCCUGCUGCUACGUCUCCAAGGAGGUCUUGCGGGGCCCCACGGUCGCCCUCGACCUCAGCGGGAAGGAGCCCGAGAGGCCGCUCACCGGCGACAACGACCCCGAGGAGCUGCUCAUGGAGCUGGAGCGGCCGCAGAGCAAUAGCAGCGCCUUCACGGGGACCUCGGGUUCCGUCAUGGAGAACGGGGUGAGCUCCUCCAGCACGGCCGAGCGCGCCCAGCGGCGGCCCCCGAGCCCCGGCCCGCAGAGCCCGGCCCCCAGCGCGGGCCUGCAGCCUGGCGACGCCCCCCGGCAGGAGUGCGACUCGCUGGGCCCCGCGCCGCCGCCACCCGCGCUACCGCCCGUGGUAAUCCUGUCGCGCGCCGCCUACCGCCUGCUGGGCGCGUCGCCCCUGUCGGCCUCGCUGCUGCCGCACGCGGACGUGGCCUGGGUGAGCGCGCUGCGGCCACGGCCGCGCGGGGACGCGAGCGGGGAGGAGCUGUCGCGCUACUACCGGCGCUGGACCGUGGCGCGACAGCACCACGCUGACCACUGCCACAGGCCAGAUGCCGCUGCCGCCUCGGGCGCAUGCGCCGGCCACCCGCGCCGCCUGCUGCUUGCCGGGCCGCCGCAGGUGGGGAAGACGGGCUCCUACCUGCAGUUCCUCAGGAUCCUCUUCCGCAUGCUCAUCCGGCUCCUGGAGGUGGACGUGUUCGACGAGGAGGAGAUCAACGCUUACCACGGCGAGAGCGGCACCUCGAGCCAGGCCGAAGGGGAGCCCUGGCCCGACCUGGAGAGCUUCAGCAAGGUGCCCUUCGACGUCAGCGUGCACGACCCCAAGUACAGCCCGAUGAGCCCGGUGUACUCGGAGAAGCUGGCGGGCGUGAAGCAGGAAGCCCGAAAGGAGCGCAAGCCCGAGGAGCCCCGGAGGCGGGAGACGGUGUCCAUGAUGCUGACCCAGUACGCGGCCUACAACACCUUCCACCACUGCGAGCAGUGCCACCAGUACAUGGAGUUCGCCGCCUCCCAGAUGUCAGACUCCACCCUCUAUGCCUUCACGUUCUCCUCCUCUAUGCUGGGAGAAGAGGUCCAGCUCUACUUCAUCAUCCCCAAGUCCAAGGAGAGUCACUUCGUCUUCAGCAAGCAGGGCAAGCAUCUGGAGAGCAUGCGGCUGCCCCUGGUUUCAGACAAGCAGAAUUUGAAUGCAGUCAAGAGCCCUAUUUUCACUCCUUCCAGUGGUCGCCACGAGCACGGACUCCUAAACCUUUUCCACACCAUGGAGGGCAUCAGCCACCUCCACCUGCUGGUGGUCAAAGAAUAUGAGAUGCCGCUGUACCGCAAGUACUGGCCUAACCACAUCAUGCUGGUGCUCCCCGGCAUGUUCAAUAACGCAGGCGUGGGUGCUGCCAGGUUCCUCAUUAAGGAGCUGUCGUAUCACAACCUAGAGCUGGAGAGGAACCGCCUGGAGGAGGUGGGAGUCAAGCGCCAGUGUGUCUGGCCUUUCAUCGUGGUGAUGGACGACUCCUGUGUCCUGUGGAACAUUCACAGCGUUCAGGAGCAGAGCAGCCAGUCUGUGGAAGCGGGAGUUUCCAGUAAGAAUGUGUCCUUGAAGAGUGUCUUGCAGCAUAUUGAAUCCACACCAAAAAUCAUCCACUAUGCGAUCCUGGGCAUACAGAAAUGGAGCAGCAAGUUGACGUCUCAGAGCCUCCGGGCCCCGUUCUCUAGGUGCCACGUGCACGAUUUUAUUCUCCUCAACAUUGACCUGACUCAGAACGUGCAGUAUGACUUCAACAGGUAUUUCUGUGAAGAUGUUGACUUUAACCUGAGAACAAACAGUAGUGGCCUGCUCAUCUGCCGCUUUAACAACUUCAGUCUCAUGAAGAAACAUGUUCAGGUUGGCGGGCAAAGGGACUUUAUCAUUAAACCAAAGAUCAUGGUGUCCGAGAGCUCAGCGCCCACCCUGCCCCUUCAGUACGUCUGUGCUCCUGACAGCGAGCACAUGCUGCUGGCAGCCCCGGCGCAGUUCCUCCUGGAGAAGUUCCUGCAGCAUGCCGCGUACAAACUCUUCCCCAAAGCCAUCCACAACUUCAAGAGCCCUGUGCUGGCCAUCGACUGCUACCUUAACAUCGGACAGGAGGUGGCCAUUUGCUACGUCAGCUCCAGACCACACUCCAGCAACGUCAACUGUGACGGGGUGUUUUUUAGUGGACUUCUCUUGUACCUUUGUGACUCUUUUGUAGGUGCUGAUCUUCUUAAGAAAUUUAAGUUUCUAAAAGGUGCUACCCUGUGUGUCAUCUGCCAAGACAGAAGCUCCUUACGCCAAACAAUUGUCCGCUUAGAGCUAGAGGAUGAGUGGCAGUUCCGCCUUCGAGAUGAGUUUCAAACUGCGAACAGCAGCGAAGACAAACCUCUCUACUUCCUUACUGGACGCCAUGUGUGAGCUUUGAGGAAACUAAAACCAGCCAAGGGAUGGCGAGGUGGGGUGGAACAGAAAAAACUGGGAAUUUUUUUUCUUUAAAGUACAAUCACUGUGGAGCAAAGUGCAACAUACUUGUCUACUCUCCAAAGAACUCCCCAAAUCUGACCCAGGUUUUUAAGGACAUCACAUCACUGUCCUUCAGGUCGUUAUAGGACCUUUGGUUCAGGUGAACUCCAUCACAGACAGUUACGCAGUGAGGACGAGGUCUGCCUGUGGGAGCCUGAGGAGGCAGGCAUGGAGAACACACGUGGAGUCUGCAUUAAUUUUCUGCUACACCAAGUUGGGGGAAACUGUCAGCAUUAGCUAGCUUGAAUGUGUCACAUGAAAGUCACACCACUGGUGUAGACAACUGAAGAUGAAUGUUUGAGGUUUGAGCCCUCAGUUUUUCUUCAGAUCUGUACUUUGGUACAGUAUUACUCAGGGGUCUGAAAUGAUAGAAUGUAGAAGAUAUUUGUAUUUAAAAAAGAAGUAGCUUUGUCUUUCUGUGCAGUGUUAGUUUAAAAUUUAUAAUCUUAUAUGUAUUGAAACUUUUGGCAAAAUUUCCACAGGAGUUAAAAGUUUACUAUUUAAAUUGAACAAACAAAAUCAGUAAAUGCAGAGCAGGCAUUGCUGCAUUUAUGAAGCUUCUCCUAGCUUAAUUCCUUUGCUUGCCCCUCUCCUUAAAACUGUUUCCAGUCUUUAAGCACACCAUGUCUACGAAAAUGUGGAACGGUGAUUAAUCUUGUGCAAGAACCUGAUUAAGUGCGAUAGUUGGGCCAAUUCAGACUCUCUCAGCAGUUAACCUGCACACAGCCUGGUUUGGCUGGAAGUGAACAACUGGCACCAGCAAACCUAAGUGCCAGGCCGAGGUUCUGUUGUGGAGUGGAGCUAAGUCAUUUAUGUCAGGGACUUUGGCAAAGCUUCCUUUAAAAGACAAACGGAGUGUUAGCUGCCGUACAUGGACAACACAAAUUGCUGAAGUGGGAAACAGCCAUAGAAAGAGAACUGUUACUUCUACCAUUGACUUUUUGGUGAUGAUUAAGAAAGAUUCCAGGAAAUCUUUUUGACUGUUUAAAAUCAGCAGGUGGUAUCUAACCAGUAUCAACAGCAGUAUGCUAAGUUUUUAUGGGUUUCUCAUCAAAUACUGUAAAUCAAAACCAGAUUUUUACAAAGCAUUCUAAAACAAUUGGAAGUUUAUACUUACCACUUCAAUUUUUGUUCUUAAACAAUCUGAGAUUUUUCUCAGCCCAUAUGUAUCACUUUAUCCCCACUUAUUACUUGAAUCUGUCUUGCAAAACUACUGAGAGGCCUACAAAGCCUGCAUUUGCUGAGAACAAAUAGUAUUAACUGACCAGCUUUAUUAUCUUUGAUAACAAGGAGUUUAAAGCUAGUGAAAAGAUGGAAUGUAUUAAGACAAAAUAGAUUCAGAUCUCGUUUUUAUUAUAGCUACUUAUGAUGCUUUAAAUGUAUUUUGAAAUGAACAAUUCCUUUUAACCCUAUUUUUAAUUGUCCUUCAAAGAGGAUCUGCCUUACAUAUUCUUUAAAAUUACUCCAUUUUAGUGCAGCUGAAUUAUUGGUGAAGAGGUACAUUCUGAACAGCUGGGUUUAGGUAUGAAUGUAUUUCACACGUCCCAUUUCGUUAAAAGGGCCUGAUGCAGGUGAUAUCGAGAAUUCCACUGUUUGUGCAAUAUUCCGACAUUAACUAUAUAGAGGAAAUAAAAUACUUGAAGUAAUUCCAAACAAUUAUUCCUGGGGCAGAUGGCUUCUCAAGAGUUUCUUUGGGCUUUAUAGCUUUACAGUCUAAAGAACAUUUCUUAAACAUUACUUUAGAUGCAGGUACUCCUUGUUAGUUGGGGCUACACUCUGAAAAUUCAAAUGAUCAUGAGCUCAAAACUACUAUCCAACUCUGUGGAAGAGAAAUGCCAGAAGAAAGCCAGAAGGCCAUCACCCAGUAAUGGAGAAAUUUACACUGACCUGCCUAUUCUUUCCAAAUCCUAUCGUACCGAGGUUUGGAUCUUUUAAAAUCAUUUUAUCAAUGUCAUUCUUUAGAGAAUGUUAAUCCUCUUGAAGGAUAAAAUUGCACAAGCACAGGAUGCCAUGGUCUGUUAAUAUAUGUCUCAGUGUGUUCAGUGUUAGGCUUUUCUACCCUUUAGAUACUAUGUGGGGGGCGAAUGGAUUCCUGAGGCCUGUACAGUAACUUGCCUAGAGACCUGCUGAACCUCAGCAUGUAUGACAGUUCACACAGGUUAAUACUGAAUGUAAACUAAAGGUUAGAAUGAAAAUUGUUGUAGUCAAGUUGUUCCGGCUGUAAUUUAUGCAACUGCUUUUUGUGACUUUUAGAAAAGGGAGCACCUCUUAUUUUAUUACUGUAAAAUUUUCUUAACCAAAAUUUGGUGAAUUUCACUAGUCAGUCUACCUCACAUUUUGUUUAUGAUUUAAAGUUGUCUUGUGUCAACAGUAUGUUCUUGUCCUUUAAUUUGGUGAAUGUAUUAAAAUUCUCUCCCAUUCCCCACCCCCAAA